AUGGAGUAUGCUGUAGGGGACUGGAGUGUACAGUGGGGGGUGGAGACACCACACUGCUGGUACCGCCCCCUAGGGUCUUUCUAUGGUGUGUAUGCUGGCACCAUCUCUAAGUGUUCCCGCCCACCUAGGAGUGUUCCCGCCCACCUUGGGGUGUUCCUGCAGGCAGAGCCCCAUGUGAUGGCGGUGGUCAGAUUGUGUGGGCGGCCCCGGGAGAUCCAAUCUGCGGCCCUCAGACCCGGCAAGGUGGUGUACGCCCCCCGGGAUGUGGUGACCUAUUCCUGUAUUCCGGGGUACGAGAGAGAGUCCGGACACAACAAAGCCGUCUGCUCAAUCUUCGGGAACUGGGAGCACUCCACCCUAAAGUGUAAACUGUGUGGGCGGCCCCGGGAGAUCCAAUCUGCGGCCCUCAGACCCGGCAAGGUGGUGUACGCCCCCCGGGAUGUGGUGACCUAUUCCUGUAUUCCGGGGUACGAGAGAGAGUCCGGACACAACAAAGCCGUCUGCUCAAUCUUCGGGAACUGGGAGCACUCCACCCUAAAGUGUAAACGUGAGUACGACCGGCUACAGGGGGGGUUGUGUGGGCGGCCCCGGGAGAUCCAAUCUGCGGCCCUCAGACCCGGCAAGGUGGUGUACGCCCCCCGGGAUGUGGUGACCUAUUCCUGUAUUCCGGGGUACGAGAGAGAGUCCGGACACAACAAAGCCGUCUGCUCAAUCUUCGGGAACUGGGAGCACUCCACCCUAAAGUGUAAACCUACGCAAUGCCCCAAACCCGGCCCCCUGGACAACGGGCAAAUCCACUACCAGGAGCUGACCUACCGGAGUCUCAUCUCCUUCUCCUGUCACACGGGGUACAGGCUGCGAGGAGCCAAUCAGAGCGAGUGCCUGGAAAGCGGGACGUGGGGCCGGAAGCUGCCGGUCUGUGAAGCGGUGACCUGUCCCCAUCCCCCGCCACCCAAUUCUGCCCAGCUGGAGUAUCAGAGGGCGGGGGGAAGGAACGGCUCCGUAUACCGGGACGUGGUGACCGCCCGCUGUCUGCACAACCUCGCUAUGAUCGGAGGCGAGAACAUCACCUGCACCGAGAAUGGGACCUGGAGCCCCCCCCCCGAGUGUCGGGAUGUGACGUGUCACCGGCCGGCGGGGAUCCCCAAUGGCUACAUGAGUUUUGCUCUGCACCGGAAGUACAAUUAUAAGGAAUUUGUCUCCUACGGCUGUAACCCGCCCUAUGCAUUGGACGGCAACCGAAUAUCCUACUGCGACAAAGACGGAGAAUGGAGCCAGAAGCCCUCCUGUAGAGCUCCGUGUCAUGUGACCACGCCCAAGGCCAAUGUCCUGCACAAUGGAAGACGGACGCGGGUGGAUGAGAUUGCGGGUCAGCAGAUCCAACAUGGCGACACCCUGACGUACUUCUGCAAGAAUAAGGAACUUAAGUGCGCCUAUACGGUGCCGAGCCAAUGCCGGGAUGGCAACUUCACCGUACCAGCCUGCUACAAGAAACCGGGAGCCCUGUCACUAUUUUCCACCGAUCCGUCUAAGAUGGCCGCCUGCGCUCAGGAGCGGUGA